UAUUGUUGUUUAUGGUGCAGAUAGUUGUUGAGAAUAAUAAUGUAAAAUAUUUUCUCAAAAAUUAUUAGUUUUAUUUUGGUGUAAAAAAAACAAAAUUUCGUAAAUUGCCGUUUCAUUUUCAACAAAAAUUACAAAAAUUCAAGUAGAUAUUAAGAUAACAGUUAGUUAUCAGAUACGACAAUCAGGUCAAUAAAUCACUUAAAGUAAAGAAUAAAUCCACGAUUUUGUUACCUUCUACAAUUGUUGAGUUUUUCAAAUAAAGGUAGAUUUAAAGAUUGAAAACGACAAAUGGAAAAUGCAUUGAUAAGAAAAAGAUGCCAGUGAAUGGGUCCGAUUAUUAUUAAGGGAAUGUGAUAAAAUUCGAGCAAGAUGUAAACAAGUCUCUUUCUUUUUAAAUUCUCUUUGUAAAACCACGUCUAUUUCGAAGUGACAAAAUUAAUUUUAUAGAAAAAUAAAGUUCAGCCCUAAUCUACAACAAAUAACGAUUAUUGUGUUUUGGCUAAGUCUUUGUAUGUCUAACUACUUGGACUUAGGCUGGCCAAGUCAAGAUACAAUACGAUGUAAUUCUUUUUUAAACGUUUGUUACUUGUUUUCUAAUUUAAAAACAUAAUGAUUUUUUUCCUUCACCAAACAGUCAAGUGCCAUUAGUGAUUUUACAAUGUGAGAAAGCAUGUUCUUUUGGCUAAUGAGAAUAACAAAAACGGUACUUAUUUGGUACUACACUAAGUAGUAUUUCUCUGUAGAUUCCUUGUCGCCAACUUUUGAAAUAAGAAAGUACUAACUAACCCAGAAGCGGAAAAUUAAAAGAAUGGUUUUGUCGUAAUAGAGAAAAUGAAAAAAAUAAAAAAAAUGUUUCGGUAGAUACCAGUCGCCUAUGGUGAAGAUGAAGUGUUCUUUAGUGCUUAUCUUGUUAGUAAUUACUUUAUCAAAUGGUCAAGUUGUUACAUUAAAAAACAUGACACACGUAUACUGCGUUAAUGGAAACCCAGACUCACCAAGUUAUGUUUUUCCUUUCGAAAGAAAAAAGAAAUCACAAAAUGGUGUAAUUUUGAAUACAUGGAAAAGAGAAUGGAUGAAGAAAAAUGCUACUACUUUACCUUUAGGAUCGCUUACUGACAGGAGAUGGGAAGAUCUCCCGUUUCCUAAUGCUAGUGUUUUAAAAUACACUUCAGCAUUUGACUCCUCCUUUUCCUUUUCGGUGUUUUCAAACACAAAAUGGGUAAUUCGUUUAGUAAUGAGUAACGAUUCAUCUCCAAUGGAUUAUGAGGGAGUGGGAGAGUUAAAUAGAUGGACUCACUACAGUAUUGUCUCAAGUGAAACUUCGACUUACAUUUACAAAAACAAUAAAAUGGAAUCUUUAGAGCAAGAGUUUAAGGCUACAUAUUUUAUUCUUAAAAGUUCACGGGAAAUCGUUUGGAGACCUCACAUUUAUGAGUUUUUGUGGUCAAAUUUUACAAGCCCAGAACCAUUUACUCUAGAAAUUAACCCAAAGAAAAAAACGUGUAUACUGUUGUAUACAUCACUGGGUGCAGAUUCUUUUUUAGAAGUUAGUGUCAACAAUGAAAACAACUUUAGAAUUAUCCAGAAUAAGCUAGAAGAAAAUGGUGUGCAGUUAUGGCAAACUCACAAAAUUGAUGUAGAUCCAAUAAAAAGAGUUAAGUUAUCGUUUACUAAAAAAACAUUUAAUCAAAAUAUCGAUGGUUUCUGGGCGAUAGAUAUCAAAUUAUGUGGAAGUUACACAGAAUUUUUUGAUCUUAAGGCAACAACAAACACCAUAUGUUAUGAAUUAAAUAACAAUUUUGACAAAAGUGUCCCUGGUUUAGACUUCAUAAGAAAAAACCCUGGAGUUCUUGUUAUUGGAGCCAAUUACAAAAACAAUAUUUAUUGUUCAGAUGUCCUUGGAAGGCAUUUUCUUAAAUGCGAAAAGCAUAAAAUUUGUGUGAGCAAUCAUUGUGGUUGUUCUUGGGGUUUUGAGGGAGAAAAUUGCAGUAACGAAUGUGCAACUGGAAGGAGCGGCUUGUCUUGCACGGAACGAAGUAUUUCAGCACCACAUGGUACACCGGCAUCUGCAGGAUCUAGAGCAGAUACAUCAGUAGCGAUAUUUCUUCUGUUUCUCUCUAUUAAUUUGAUGGGACUCGGGCGAAGAAUAAAUAGCCUGUAGUUCGAUCAUCUCCGUCCUGUGUUGUUGGGUUGUUCCUUGAGGGUUCCUUGAGUUUGAUUCGGAAUUGCUCUAACCUUUUGUUGAUGUGUUGCUCGGUCUCGUUGAACGUGGCGAGUGAAGAAAUCAUAAACUUCGUCUGGUGACUCGCUGACCUUAUUAAGUCCUGUUGAUUGUUUUCUAAAUUUUCUAUGUCUUGAUACACUUCGUCGUUUACCCCAAAAACGGAUGUUAGGAGUUGUCCUAGUAACCCUCAUUUCUGUCGCCCUGGAACAGGAUUUUCUAAUCCAUUUUGGAUCCAUAUGAUGUCCUUGUUGAGUUCUUUCAAAUGAUGCUGAAGAGAGA